CAGUGGAAAAUAAAAAACAACAUUAAUUAUAUUUGUGGAUUUAAUUGUGAUCUCUUCCCAUCUUCGUCUAUUAUUACUCAUCGAUUUAAUUGUUUCUCUUCCAUUCAUCAUUUUCGUUUCAGAUUAAAUUGAUCAUCAAUUGAAUCUACACUUUCGCCAUCUCUUUGGCUUUUCUUAAUUUCUCAUCAUUCUCAUCAUUCUCAUCAUCUUUCUCUUUCUCUCACUUUUCUCUUUCUCUUUCUCUGUCUCUUCACUUCUACUCAUCUCUUUCUUUCCUUCUUUCUCUUUCACUCACUAACUCACUCACUCACUCGUCUCCCUCCCCCUGUGAAUCUCUUCUUCUCUUCUAGAUAAUCAAUAACGAAUUUCAUUUUGAUUGUUUGUACUUGUUCAUUUGCCAUCAUCUUUGCUUGUUAAUCUGUUUCUACUCUUGGUCAUCAGACUAGUAACUUGAUUGACCUUCAUUUCAAUUUAACUUUACAAAACCCUCUGUAUUUCCCUUCAACUCUACUUCAUCUCUAAUACACAUCACCAAGUUCUUGGUUUAGAUUAACCAGAUUAUCACCUUUUCCAAAAAAUCAAUAAUCUCUACUUUCGUUUAAAUUGUUAAAAUGGCAGAUCAGCUUACAGAAGAGCAAAUUGCUGAAUUUAAAGAAGCUUUCUCACUUUUCGACAAGGAUGGCGAUGGAACUAUUACCACCAAGGAAUUGGGAACUGUGAUGCGAAGCUUAGGUCAAAAUCCAACGGAGGCUGAGCUUCAAGAUAUGAUCAAUGAGGUUGAUGCCGAUGGUAAUGGUACAAUCGAUUUCCCUGAAUUCCUCACCAUGAUGGCCAGGAAGAUGAAGGACACAGAUUCCGAAGAAGAGAUUCGAGAGGCUUUCCGUGUUUUCGAUAAAGAUGGAAAUGGUUUCAUUUCUGCUGCUGAAUUGAGACACGUUAUGACCAAUUUGGGAGAGAAAUUGACCGAUGAAGAGGUCGAUGAAAUGAUCCGAGAAGCGGAUAUUGAUGGCGAUGGGCAAGUGAAUUACGAAGAAUUUGUAACCAUGAUGACAUCAAAGUGAAUGCAAACACAAGGUUAAUUCAUCAUUUUUAAUUAGAUCCAAUGGAUCAUUUCAAUGAAAGGGAGAUGAAAAAAUAUGAAAAGCAAAAAAUCCAUGGAAAAUAAUCAUCAUCAAACAUCUUUAAACAAGAUUCUUUCAUUGCUUCAAUUUCAUCAUACCAUUAAUAACCAUUUACAUAUAAAUCAACCUCCACCUUUUUUUCAAUCAAAAUCCUCACUAAAUAUCACCAGACUUGCAUGGAGAUAUGAAAGAAAUUGCGAGAAAUGAACCAACCACAUCCACAACCAGCAAGCAACUAUAAAUCAAAAUCACAACAAAACCACAAUAUUGAAAAGAAAAUGUGUCAACACAUUGUAUUCCCAGUUAAAUAUAAACACUUACACAAACUCUCACACACAAACACACACACACACACACACACACACACCAUAUAUUAUACACUUACACUCAUUUACUCUUUAUCUCUGCAAGAACUUGAAACAUAUUGAUGAAUAGGAAAGCAACUGAACUAUCCAAGGAAUACCAAGCAGACAAUCGUUGAUGUUUGAUCAGCGAUUGAAUCAAUACAAUCUACCGUUUCUCCCCUCACACAAUUUUAAAAGCAAAUAGAAUUGACAGAAAUUCUGAUGCUUUUGUUCCAAUUUGAAUAACUUCUUCUAUUUCAUCUUCCCUGCGGUUUUACUCACACACAGAAUUAAAAUAGUCUCCAUAAUCACACACACGAUAAAA